AUGAUCGGAGCCGUCUCUCGUAGCGUCCUGGCCACUGGCUUCCGCAGCCAGCGCGGCGCCAGUGCGACCCUCUCGGUUGCAAAGGCAACCACUCUUGCCUCUCGCCGAACCCUGCUAGCGCCCGUGCAGCUUCGAGCUCUGCACACGUCGUUGCAGUCCCGUGCAGCCAACCCGCAAUCGGGCAAGCCUGCCUCGGACUCGUGGUCGCACACGAAGCAGAACAUCAAGGAGGAAGCCAAGUCGAUCCGAUCGAGUGUCGAGUCGGCCAUUGCGGGCGGCGGUGCGUCUCAGUCAUCGGAAGCGACCGGAUCUGGUGCCAACACGAGCGGCGGCGGUGGAGGUGCCUCUGGUGCGGCCGAAAUCCUCAAGGACGCCAAGAGCAUCACGUCCGAGAUGGCACAAGAAGUGCCGCGUCCGGCUCUGCUCUGGGGUAGCGCCGGUAUCAUCCCGUACGUGAGCACGGCGGCGGCGUCGAUCUGGCUCGCGCGGACGGAGCACCAGGUGAGCAUGGGGCUGGACAAGUCGAUGGACAGCGAGACGGCGAGUGCGCUGCUGCUGCAUGCGCAGAACAUUCAGGUCGGCUUCGGUGCUGUUCUGCUCUCCUUCUUGGGUGCUAUUCAUUGGGGAUUCGAGUUUAGCAAGUACGGUGGACGCAUUGGGAACAUGCGCUAUGCCAUCGGUGUGCUUCCCCUUGCUCUCGGCUGGCCUACUCUGCUGCUGGCCCCCCAGAUGGCACUUAUCGGCCAGUGGGCGGCCUUCGUAGCGGCCUGGUUCAUCGACCUGCGCGCAACCACCGCCGGCUGGGUCCCCAAGUGGUACUCCACCUACCGCUUCUGGCUCACCCUCGCCGUCGGUUCGAGCAUCAUCGCUACCCUCGCCGGUACCAACUACUACGCGCCCAACAGCCGCAGCACCCUCGGCGGCACCGCAGCCAAGCUCGCCGAAGAGGUCAAGGCGGAUGGCCCCACCAAGAUGAAGCUGCUCCAGCAGAGCGCGCACGGCAACAAAGGGGGCGUGAUCAAGCACACCGAGGUGGGCGGUGAUGUUGAGGCCACGAGUGCGGGUGCCAAGGGCGAUAGCUAUGUGACGAUCGGCAACCCGAAGCGCAAGGAGGAGGAGCGCAAGGAGAAGGAGAAGGAGGAGGCGGAGAAGAAGAAGAAGGAGCAGGAGGAGAAGAAGAAGGAGCAGGACGCCAAGGCCGAGAAGAAGGAUGUCGAUGAGAAGAAGAAGGAGGAUGAAGAGAAGGAGGACAAGGAGGACAGCGAAGGCGACGAGGAGAAGGACGAGUAG